AGAGAGAGGGAGAAAGGAGUAGAGCUGUGUUAUACAGCUCACCCUGGCUGAAUUGAUUUGGAUGCUAGGAACAGAAAGAGAGAGAGAGACAGAGAAGUGUAGACACUUUUUCAGAUGGUCUCUCUCACAAGACACACACAUUGUGGUUACAGGAGAGAUACAGGACUGUGUGUAUCUGAAAUAAACAAGAGGGAAGAACUGUGAGAGCUCGUCUCUAAUUGUAAGAGGAGAAUGUUUGUGUGUGAAGAUGUAAGCUCUGAAGGAAAGAGAUAUGGACCCUUGUGUUUGGACUGCUGGGACCUUCCGAAAGCAAAUUCUGCAGGAUAUCUCUACUGGAUGCAAUGCUGUUUUAACCCUUGGUGCUUCUUUUGAAUGGAACAGGGUUUAUGAACUGCCGAUGAAUGUCUGGAGACAACAAUUGCAUUUCGGUUGCUGAAUAAUCUAAUAUGUCAUUAAUUUAUGUCUUAUAAAUUAGUAAUUGGUUUAAUUGGUCUUGUGGACCAAAGCUACCACUGAAUGCUGUUUUCUGCACAUAAAAUGAACGGACGAAAUUGAAAAUGGCUGGAUAAGAGAAGAGACAAUUGCCAAGUCUAGUUUGAGACUUUUUUGGAUCCUAUUUCAGAGACAUGAUCAUCUUUUCAGUAAUAUUUUUGCUUGUAUGGCAAGAAUGAGGCUCUUCAGGCUUUGCCUUAUUCUGGCUCUGCCCCCAGUCACGCCUUUAAUACACACCUUGGUUCCGCCCCCAUCUGAUCAUGCAGGUGCUGCAGAUUGUUAAGGAGCUGGUGUCGCCCUCUCGCCAUCGUGCCAGUGGCAGGUUUGCGGCGUCUGACUCAGAGCAGGAUGCUGCAGUGAAGUUGGAACAGGAGCGAGCUGAAAUACUCGCCAAAUAUGACAAGGGUAAAGAAAGUGCCAAGGUGGAGUCAUGGGAGGAAGCCAAUUAUGAUCUGUAUAAAGUGGUGGACCGAUUCGGCUUCCUGCACGAGAAUGAGCUUCCAGCAUAUGACGUAGUGGAGGAGAAGCAAAAGCAUCUGGAAGUGGAGAGAACAUCAAAAUGGCUAAAAAUGCUGAAAAGCUGGGAGAAAUACAAGAACAGCGACAAGCUGGCGAGAAGGAUCUAUAAGGGACUUCCACUGCAGCUGCGAGGUCAGGUUUGGGGUCUGCUUCUUGACAUCCCCAAAAUCAAGGAGGAGAAGAAGGACUUAUAUGAGAAACUGAAGGUCAGGGCGAGGGGUUUGUCUCCUGAUAUUCGUCAGAUUGAUCUUGAUGUGAAUCGUACAUACAGAGAUCACAUCAUGUUCAUGCACCGCUAUGAUGUCAAACAGCAGGAUCUGUUUCAUGUGCUCACGGCAUACUCCCUUUAUAACACGGAGGUGGGCUAUUGUCAGGGCAUGAGUCAGAUCACUGCGCUGUUGCUCAUGUAUAUGAAUGAGGAAGAUGCUUUCUGGGCGCUGGUCAAACUGCUGUCUGGACAGAGAUAUGCCAUGCAUGGUUUCUUUGUGCCAGGGUUUCCUAAACUCAUGCGCUUCCAGGAACAUCAUGACCGUAUCCUACAAAAGAUGCUGCCUAAACUCAAACAACAUUUAGAUCAUCAAGAGGUGUUCACCAGCCUGUACACUUUGAAAUGGUUCUUUCAGUGUUUCUUGGAUCGGACUCCAUUCACGCUCACUCUGAGAAUAUGGGACAUUUAUAUUCUGGAAGGAGAGCGAGUUCUGACCGCGAUGUCUUACACCAUCCUCAAACUCCACAAAAAGAUCAUCAUGAAGUUGUCCAUGGAGGAACUGGUGAAGUUUCUGCAGGUGACUCUGGCAAAGGAUUUCUUUUUUGAGGAUGACUUUGUGAUUGAGCAGCUUCAGAACUCAAUGUCUGAGCUCAGACGCUUUAAACUGGACCUUCCAGCACCAGGUAAAGAGGAAGAGUUUCCUAAGAAACCAUUAGGUCAACUUCCCCCUGAGCCUCCAGCAUUGGCAGCUGCAGCAACCAAUCAUAUGGCUAAUGGGCAGCCAGCUAGACAGACAUGUGAUGGACCACCCCCUCGUGGUCCAAUUCCUACAGCAAGUGUCGGUAAACAACUUGAGUCUGAUCGCGUCAAUGAUGGAUCACCAGAGAGGUACCUAGAGAGUCGACCACCUAGCUCCUUGGACAAGGUGCACCGUCCAGACAAGAUCGACAGGGGGGGCCGGGGAGUGGACACACAAAAUGAAAGAGUCCCAACCCGCACACCCAACAGCACCACCACAGAUGGUGGGAAGUUGUCGACCCAGAACCAGACAAAUCACAACUCCAAUGUUAGAACCAGCAUGCGCAGGGACAUGGCACCUCGCUGGGUCAAGCCUUCCGAGUUCAAACUGGAGGCAGUCAAGGCAGCAGCCCUUCAAGAGAGUCAAUUAAGUCUAACCAUGGGUGUUCCACCUUCGCCCAGCUCCCCAACUCCAGAGGAGCCCACCGGGGUACAACGCCGGCCACGUUCUCGAGGGUUUGUUCCAGGCUCCAAUCGUACCUCCAACGCCUCACAAUACGACAACAUCCCUGGACCAGAUGGAGAGGUUUUAGAGAUUUUAGAGCUAGAGAGGCCACCCUCUCAUCCCCUGUCCCAUCCAUACGGUGGACCCUCUAUCAGGCAAGGCACUCCCACUCAUCCCCUUAGUGGUGGAACCAGCGUCUCUCCAUUUAGAAUCCACAAACAGAGCAUGAUGUCCAAACCAGAACCCUGUGCACCUCUGCACUACCCAGCCGGCAUGACACCCAUCUACACUUCCUAUGAUUCUCGACAAGAGGAAAGAAUGUACAAUCAGUCAUACGCCGAACAAAUCUAUGGAACAACGUCUCGUACCUCAUCCAACAAUUCGCCAGAGAAAAAACAGAUGAACAACAGCUACGUAACCUACCGACGGCCACCACCCAGCAUGCCUCCUCUCAGAGUAGCACCUGUAGAGCUUGUGGCCCAGAUGAACAGUCUUGCCGAGAGACGGCAUUACCUGAGACAACCCACCCGAUUAAUGGGGUCUCCUGCUAACCCGCCCACAGAACUGCGUUAUGAGGGACACAAGCGGAGAGAGGGUUGGUAUGGGGACAUGGACGCUGGGCCUCCUCACUCUCCGGUGGGAUUACCCCGAUCUACCAGCUUCCAGAAAGCUCAGCUGUCGCCUGUUCACCCAGUUCAGCAGUUUACCUUUGCCCCUGCAGCCAUCUCGGACACUGUGCUCCACUUCAGUGGACCCUACCAGGAGCAUUCCGGCAGGCAACAGCUCCCCCAACUGUUUGGAGGAGCACACUACAGGCAGGAGGCCUUUGCAAUGCAGGAGUCCAUGCUGCUCUGAGACUGAUAGACAGGAACUGGAGUAGAGGGGCACAGAGUGUGAGUGACUGCUAGCAAGCAAGUUUGUGUUGGUUAAGUGUUUUUGUGUUCUGGUUUGUUUGUUUGUUUACGUGGCAAGUCUUAUUGUACCGAGAAAUGGUUGCUAAUUUCAGGCAUUUAUACUGAUCCAAGACUGACUGAAGAAUUUUAUUUUUGUUUUUGUCAGUAAAAUAAUCAUUAAUUGCCAAUUUGAGCUACAAAAUAGAGUUUAAACAUACAAAGAGAGAUUUUUGUUUGGUUAGCACACUGAACUAUUUAAAUGAAAGGUUACGUGAGGGUCUCUUAUAUGGACAAACUCAGUUACGGAUCAAUUCAUCUAUUUUUUAUAUGUUUGUUUGACACAUAAAUACAUACUUUAGAUGACACUUUAUUCCUUAAUUGUGAAUAUAUUUUUCAAGAACAAAGAUUUGAGUUGGUAAGAUAUGUAUAAUUAUGAGCAACUAUAACGGUGAUGACCACUGUUGGAUUCAACAUUUCAAAGCAUCACUAUAGUGUUCAAAUCAAAGUUAAAACCUUUGUAAGGUUUAUUUUUUAGGUUAUAUGUAACAAAGUAGAUGCAUUUAAUUUUAAAAUAAAAGGGAAGUCAUCUUUAAGGUCACCAAGGGUAAAAUAUUACUGAUCACUAACUGAUUUAGACCUAUACCUGAGCUUCAUUUAAAUUAUAUCAGCUGCCUUGGAUGUGGGCCAGCCAUAAAUCAGAACACUAUGUUACUGUCACUACCAGAUAACUUAUUCCCUAACAUACAUAGUUUUCUGAGUUCCCAUUGCAAAUUAUACAUUAAACCAUGUUAGAAAUGGUUUAAUGUGUAAUUUGUUAGUAAUUAGAAUGCAAGUGAAUGUCUGGUAGUUUGAUGUAGCAUGCAACUGCUGUGUUUAUCUUCUAAUAAUGGACCUUUUUUUUCUAGCAACAAAAUUAUUGAACUACAUUUUUUGCAAAAAGCACAUUUUACACAUUAUACAAAACAAAGCUGUAUAACUCCUUGACAUACAACCACUACAUGUCUGUACAUCCAAUUUAGCCAGCACAUCAUUUUAUAAUCUAUGUCAAUUAGGAAACUUGAUUAAACUUCAUCACUCCUAACCCACUAACCGUUUUCUAAAGUGAAUCCUGGUCUCAUGAAGUCGUGAUUUUGAAUAUUUUUUUCUUCUCGAAAUGUCCUCAAUUCUGUAUCGUACUGCACUACAAUAAUUGAAAUAACUGAAAAUAGAACAAUUAGUAAAUAACCCAGUUUGGCACACUGAUUUUUUAUUUUAUUUUUAAUUUUAAUUUUUUGGGCCUGGAUUCAUUCAGUGGAGUUUAGGUUUGGAUUUUUGAAGGUUUUUUUAUUUUAUUUGCAUAGACCAACAUUGUUUCCUUCAUUAAAAGGAAUAUGACAUGGACCCAGGUUUACCAUUUUUAUAUGUUUAAUCUGUUUGUUAUUGUAUAUAGACAGUAUAUGAUCAUAUGGCAUUGCAACACUCUACCAGCUCAAUUGACACUUUUAUUUCAAUUAUACACUCCUGGUUUGUAGGGUCUGCUUUUCAAAUAGUAUAAAAAACUUUUAGUUUUUUUCCCCCACCAGACUUUAAACUUUGUUUUUAUGUAAAGACAGAAAUAUGGGUGAAAUUGUAGCUCUGUCAGUCUUCAGAGCAACUGCACAACAUUCCACAUUCCGCAGUCUUAAUGCAACCCUAAUUGAUUUUCAAGUUAUCAUUAUUAUCGCUGAAACAUGCACAUUUAUUUCCAUGUCUUACUCCUAGACAAGCAAGCUAACUAAUUCCCUGCUGUAGCCUGAAUUGUGUUUGCUUCUUUCAGGUCUUUCAUUUUAUAAACUGGUUUAAUAUACUUAAGUUUAUACAGAAUUCAAGCUAUGAUUUAUGGAUCAAGGAAUAAUUCUUUAUUAAACUACUUAAUUCAACUUGAUUAUCAGAUAUUCCCUUCUCUAAUAAAACAACUUG